UUUGAACUUUAGAAUUUGGUCGUAAAAGAGAUUUUAAUGUGGCGUUAUUUUCUCUAAAGCAACAAGUGCCAACAACGUUUCACUUCCGGUUGUUGUUCGGCUCAUCCGUCGACGAAGCUUACGUUGAAAGUUUAUUUACAAGUGUCAACUUUGACAUGCAGUGCUGCCAUUGAAGUUGGUUCAUAAAAAAAAUGGACCAUAUACCAUGCAGCCACAAUCAAAACAAGCAGUCCGAUGAUAAAUUUAACAUCGUCUGCGGUGAUUUAGGACUUGGAGAAGGUCUCAAACCGGGUGGGCUCGCGACGUUUCUGCAACUUGACGGAAUAAAAGAUGGUUCGUCAUGCCAGUGCCAAAGUUUUAUUUCCAAAGCUAACGGUUCAGAAAGCCGUUUCAGUGACGCUGUCGCCACACCUAAAAAUAAACAAUCUAAAUCUUUAAUCGGCAGAAGUAAAAGUAAAUCUCUGUCGUCUGCAACAGAGUCGGGUAGUGCUGAAAGGUGUGAGGAAAACUUCCCGACGUACGCCGACGUUCCUCUAGGAACUUCGCUCCGGCAACAGAAAAAGAUUUACGAACAGAACCUUGACUCCUUACUUAAAAAGCAUGGCUGCUCAGCAUCUGUGGAGUCAAAUGGAAGUAAUGUUUAUCGUGAUAAAAAUGAAAAUAAUUGGCCAGGAGAUGGGAAAAUGUUAACUAGUGAUGAAAUUGAGAGAAAACUCUUUGAAGCAAUGCAGGAAGUGGAGGAGUUAAAAAUUGAACUUGACACUUGUCAGAAGCGACUGGAAGCCAAAUACGAGGCGAUCGCAAUCUUGAAGGCUCAGACUAAUGCAGCUGAAGAGAGUGUUCAGAAAAAUAAAAGAUUUGUCAAAGAAUACAGUAAACGUGUGGCUGAGGAAGUGAACCAGCUGCAGUUUGAACUGGAGUACCAGGAGUCGUCUUUCAUGGACAGCCAGCAGACUUGGGCUGUCAGAUUCGAUAGAGUUUGCCAGGAGAAUGCUUAUUUGAUGUCGUGUCUUGAAGCCCGGUCAGAGGAACUACGUCGAGCCAAUUCUCACAAGAUGGCUCUUGUCCGUGAAAGAGAUGAACUGGUGGCAUUACUGGACGUGCGUGACAAGACGAAGUAUGAAAAGUCUAAAAGUCAGUCGUCCGACGAGGAUUAUGGAACAUACUCGUGUGUUGAGCUGGCUGUGUUAGGAGCAUGUCAGUGUCGCCAGUCGAACCCAGAGCCCUGUCGCUGUGCACAUGCUGCAGCUAACCUGCGCAAAGACAUUGCUAGGCAACGAGAUGAGAUUGAGCUAUACAAACAUCGGCGCGACGAGGCCUACAUGACGGUUGAUGCGUACCGGAAGGCGUUUGAGGAACAGCUCCAGAAGACCAAGACGCUCAGUCUCAGGUUCGCCGAACUCGCCGUGCCAGGGUCGUCGAAGGCCGUGAAGGCCAAGGCCGCCAUCAAGUGGCUCAUCAGUGUCCUCAAUGAUGAUGACCUGAAUGAUCCGGUGAACCAGCCAGCCAAGUCCAGGACGACACUGAACGGUCCGUUUCCGAAUGAUUUGAACACCAAGUCCACCAAUGGACCAAUGAGCCCCCAGGAUCUGGUCACACUGUUAACAGAAAUGCUUCAUGAAAAGUCUGAAGCCCUUGCCCACCAGAAGCUUGCUGCCCAAGUUCUUGCCAGUAAAUUACAUGCAGCCGAAAGUAAACUAGCAGCACGCGGAGAUGAGGUUUUUACUCAAUAACAAACACUUUCAGCCAUUUCCAGUCUGGCCAAGAAGUUGAAAGUCAUGACCUCAUAUGAUUAAAAGAGAAAGUGUCAGCAGUUUUCAGUCUUAGUCUGGCUAAUAACUUUGAGGUUAUGAUCACAGAAUCUAAAAGUAAAAGUUGAACAUUCACAGGCUUCCAGUCUAAGGUUAUGACCACAUUAUCUGAUUACAAGUUAAAUGUUUAUUGGUUUCCAGUCUAGUCAAUAAAUGAGGUUAUCACUACAUCAUCUAAUAUCUAAAAUUAAGAGUUAAACAUUCAAGGGCUUCCAGUCUAAAGUUAUCACUACAUUAUCUGAUUAAAACUCAUUGGCUUCCAGUCUGGCCAAUAACUCUGAGGUUAUGACCCCAUUAUCUGAUUAGAUGUUAAACAUUCAAGGGCUUCCACUCUAAGGCUAUCACUACAUUAUCUGAUUAAAACUCUUUGGCUUCCAGUCUGGCCAAUAACUCUGAGGUUAUGACCACAUCAUCUGAAUAAAAGUUAAACAUUCAUGGGCUUCCAGUCUGAGGUUAUGACCAUAUAAUCUGAUUAAAAGUCUAGCCAAUAACUCUGAGGUUAUGAUCACAUCAUCUAAGACCGACUCACAAGUUUAUAGAUUGUCUGCCUCUUAAAUUGGAGGUUAUGGCUACUUAAAGGUAGGGUCAACUCAAACAAGAGCCUUAUGUGUUGGAAAGAUGCAUACCCGGACCACCAACACAUACUGACACUUUAGCAAAUGAAAAACGCGU